AUGUCAGUCCACGAAAUGGACCACCAACCUCCGCCACUCCUAGUCCCCAAGGUAGAGGCAGCCUCGCGCGCCAUGACGGGCGACACUCUGGGCCGCGACGAUAUACUAUCACCAACUCUUCCGUUCUCGACGUUUCCGCCCUCAUCGUUUCAGCGCCACGGCCCGCAGCACCUCGACGACUACUUCACCGGUCCCCGCGACCUCGCACGACACUCGAAAUGGCCCGUCUUCCUGCAGAUGCACGGCAGCAUCCUGCCCAAGAUGAUUCUGCCUCUCUUCUUCGUCGGCGCCUGGGCAACGGCCAUCACCGUCAUCUCUGAGGAGUUCCACAAGCUCGGCGUCAACUCUGUGCUCCUCACCAUUACCGGUUUCGUCGUCGGUAUGGGCCUCUCGUUUCGCAGCUCGACGGCGUACGAACGCUACCAAGAGGGCCGCAAGUACUGGACCGCCCUCAUCACCUCGUCCCAGACGCUGGGCCGCAUCUUUUGGAUCCACGCCAAGGACCGCGCCGAGCAGGACCCCCGCGCUACGCUACUCAACCGCCUCAGCGCCAUGAACCUGCUCGUCGCCUUUGCCGUCUCCCUCAAGCACACGCUGCGCUUCGAACCUUAUACCGACUACGACGACCUGCAGCACCUCAUCGGCCACCUCGACACCUUUGCCAAGGCCGCCACCGCAGACGCCGGCGGCAGCAUCGCCACCGUAAAGGGCAAGGGCCUCUUCAAGUCGGUCGGCGAGUACCUCGGCGUCUCCUUUGCGGCGAGCAACCCGCGCAAGACGCUCAAGCGCGCGAGCAAGCCGCUCGGCAACCUGCCGCUCGAGAUUUUGAGCCACCUCGCCCUGGCCGUCGACGAGCUCGUUGCCAAUCAGCAACUGACGGUGCCCAUGCAGCAGACGCUGGCUUACAACAACCUCACCAUACUCGGCGACGUCCUCGCCGGCUGCGAGCGCAUCCUAAACACGCCGCUUCCCAUUGCCUACAGCAUCGCCAUUAGCCAAACCACCUGGGUCUACGUCAUGCUGCUGCCCUUUCAGCUCGUCGGCCUGCUGCACUACGUCGCCAUUCCCGCCACCAUGGCCGCCGCCUACAUCAUCCUGGGCCUGCUGCUCAUCGGCCGCGAGAUUGAGAACCCCUUUGGGCAGGAUGUGAAUGAUUUGCCCCUGGAGAGCUUCUGCGAGCAGAUUGCGAGCGAACUCGACAUUAUCGCGUCCUUUGACAAGAAGACCACCAGCGACGUCUUUCACAGCGAUGACAACUUUCCCUUGUAUCCGGUCAGCACCGCGCCGGCGAGCGUCUGGUUGCAGCGUAGCGAGCAGAAGCUGCGCCAUACCAUCAGGACCAAGCCGAAUGUGACUUUUGAUUGGAAGAAUUCGCGAUCUGCGCCAAAAAUUGUGGGCGACAAGAAUGUUUAA